GACAGUUUCACGUAUUAAGGAUUUGCAUAUUCAUCGUUACCUUUUGUUACCAGGUCAUGAUUGUUGUGUCUCAGGACCAUGGUAGUGUAAAUUGAUAAAGUGUCAAGGAAUGACAAGACUCUCAACAUAGUUCAUAUAUCCUCUAUACAGUCUCCAGGAAAGUGUUAAUGGGGAGAACCCAGAAUUUUCAUGGACGUCACCAGUGACGUGGUUACCCAGUCUCCUGUGGUCCAGUAUUGAUUUUCUGACGUCAUACUAGAACGUCUCACGGCAGAGCAGCACGUUUCCUAGUUCUUGAAAUUGACAUCGAUUUAACGUCUGCUGAAAUUUGUAAUUAAAGUUAUGUGAUUUAACAACAGGGCGGAUACUCAUCACGUCACAGAGUAAUACCACCAGUGGAAAUUCUGCUCUCAUUGAUAGUCCUUAGUGGUUUACGUGGUGUUCGCGGUGUCCGCAUUCACCACGGAGCAACAGUUGAUGGAGGAGUAAACGCUCCUUCAGACUUAUACCUAGAUCUCACUUAAAGCAGAUAUUCGUGGGAAUACAAGGACUUCUUAAGAAGAAGAAAUGUCGAAAUCAGGCAGUAUAAAAGAUGGCGAGAAGGGUCCUUACGACGCGGUGCCGACAAACGGCGAGGGCGGAGGUGACGAAAUAAAAUUGGAAGCCAAAAUGUCAUUACUCAAUGGCGUCACAGUGAUCGUCGGCUCCAUCAUAGGUUCCGGAAUCUUUGUGAGCCCUACGGGCGUGCUCAAAUACACCGGAAGUGUAAAUGCGAGUCUCCUGGUGUGGACGGCAUCCGGCCUCUUCUCUAUGGUCGGCGCCUACUGUUAUGCCGAACUUGGAUGUAUGAUCAGGAAAUCAGGAGCGGACUACGCCUACAUCAUGGAGACCUUCGGACCUUUUAUGGCCUUUAUCAGGCUCUGGGUCGAAUGCAUGAUAGUACGACCCUGCAGUCAGGCCAUAGUAGCCUUAACUUUCAGUAUUUACGUCUUGAAGCCAGUAUUUCCUGAUUGCUCGCCACCGGAUGACGCGGUGCGGAUGCUUGCAGCCUGCUGUAUAUGCAUUCUGGCGUUCAUCAACUGCUGGGACGUGAAAUGGGCUACUAGGGUACAGGAUGUCUUCACUUAUGCAAAACUUUUAGCACUAUUCAUCAUCAUCAUUACCGGGGUAUAUCAGUUGUGUACUGGUCACACCGAGCACUUCACAUUCAAAGAUACGAAAACGGAAGUGACGUCGAUAGCGUUGAGCUUCUAUUCAGGCCUAUUCGCGUACAACGGUUGGAAUUAUUUGAACUUUAUAAUCGAGGAACUUAAGGAUCCGGUAAGAAAUUUACCAAAGGCCAUUGGCAUCUCGUGCACGCUGGUAACCAUUGUUUAUGUAUUAACAAAUGUCGCCUUCUAUACGACCCUCAGUCCUGUUGAAAUUGAGGGUAGCGAAGCCGUCGCUGUGACAUUCGCUAAUCGACUGUUUGGCGUAAUGGCGUGGACGAUACCAGUCUUCGUCGCAUUAUCAACCUUUGGCGCCGUUAAUGGAAUUCUUUUGACGUCCUCCAGACUGUUUUAUGCCGGAGCCUGCGAGGGACAGAUGCCCGAAAUUCUUACUAUGAUUCAAGUCUCUAGGCUCACGCCGACACCGGCUGUUCUUUGCAUGGCACUGCUGUCUAUGCUGUAUCUGUGCUCUUCGGAUAUUUUCGCACUGAUUAAUUAUGUGGGCUUUGCCACCUGGUUAAGCAUAGGAGUUUCCGUGCUGUGUCUACCUUGGUUAAGAUGGGCACAACCGAAUUUACCUAGACCCAUUAGAGUGAAUCUAGCCUUUCCAAUAGUAUACAUUUUAGCAACGCUCUUCGUCACGAUAGUGCCUAUGUACGCAAGCCCUAUCGAAACAGGUUACGGUUGCCUAAUGAUCCUAUCUUCGGUACCUGUAUACUUCGCUUUCAUCGCGUGGAAGAACAAACCAAAAUUCUUCCAAAAAUCAGUCGUAAACGCCACGCAGUUCCUCCAGAAGAUAAUGCUGGUCGUCGGCAAGUCAAAACCCGCUCAGGUUUAAACUGGUCUACUAAUGAAAUAAAAUACGCCGCGAAGAUGAUAAAAGUAAUCUCUGUACCAAGAGAUUGCUGAAAUCUAAAAAAAAAAGAAACGAGCAAGAAAAACACGACAAAACGAAGCAACAUAAUAUAAUUUAAUAUAAACUAAGGA